AUGGCGCCUGGACGCCACUUGCGUUUUUCUCCAAACCCCUUCGACCCUGACAAACCCCUCCAAACCCCUAUCCUGACAGACCACAAGCCCCUGACAUACUCCAUGCACUCAAGUCACUCUUCGCUGAGCCCAUGUGAAAUCCGCCAACUAACUUUCGUGUCCGAAUUUACAACUGACCUUCGGCACAUUCGUGGCGCCGACAAUGCCGCAGCCGACGCUCUGUCCCGCAUUGCGGUAUCUUCCGUCACCACACCACAUGACACCAUCGACUUCAAAGCCAUGACUGAAGCCCAAACACAUGACCAAGAGCUAGCCCGCUUACGCACCUCGUCUAGCCUGACCUUGCAAGAUGUCAUCCUUCCCGACACCAACAUCUCCCUCACGUGCGACCUCUCUACCGGUGCACCACGUCCCUUCGUUCCAGAGCCUUUUCACUUCACUGUCUUCGGGACACUCCACUCCUUUCACACCCCGGCAUCCGCGCUACCCAGCGCCUCGUCACUGCGCGCUACGUCUGGUCCCACAUCAAUUCAGACAUCCGCAAGUGGACACGUUCCUGCCUGCAGUGCCAGAAGCCGAAGAUCACCCGGCACAUCGUCACACCACCCCAGAAAUUCCCACCACCGAAGCAUCGAUCGUGUCGAGCAUGUGCACAUCGAUACUGUUGGGUCGUUACCGUUUUUUUUUUUUGAAGGUUUCCGCUAUUUACUCACUUGCAUAGAUCGUUACACCCGUUGGCCAGAAGCCCAACCUAUUCCAGACAUCACGGCAGAUUCCGUCGCCCGCGCUUUCAUGGCAACAUGGGUCGCCCGUUUAGGCGUCCCAGCCGUCAUCACCACUCACAGGGGCCGGCAAUUCGAAUCCAAGCUUUUCCAAGACGACCUCCACUUCUUGGGCUGCCACCCCUGCAGCAACGGUCUCGUCGAACGCCUACACAGACAGAUCAAGACCGCGCUUCGUUGCUGCCCUGACCCCUCGUCUUGGGUUGAUAAUAUCCCUUCCAUUCUCCUCGGCCUUCGCUCAGCCGUCAAGACGGACCUGGAAUGCUCUCCUGCCGAAUUAGUCUACGGCGCCUCGCUCCACGUCCCCGGCGAAUUCUUGGGUACCCCGUCUCUCGGUUCUGCACCUCUCGCUGCUGCCUCCCUUGACGGGAUCCGCGAAGCGAUUCGUGCUCUUCAGCCGACACCAAUAGGACUCCCCGCAUCCAUCAGCCCAUUUGUCUUCAAGGACAUUCACUCGUCUACUCACGUUUUCAUUCGAAAUGAUGCUACCCGCGCCCCCCUUCAGCCACCUUAG